CAGGUGAAGGAAGAACAGAGCAGAUUUCAGUAACUACAGGAAGACAGCAACAUGAGUCAAGCUACUAAUACGUAUAUCUAUAUGUACAUGUACAUGUAAUAUACACAUGUAUUUGCUUUUAGUUUUUUACAUGUAGCAUAUAUACUGUGCAGGCAGAUGAAAUCUUCCUUAAACAAGGGUGUUAAUGCAGUUGCAGAUACUGCCACGGAAAUCCACUUUUGAAGAGACGUACACAUUUGGGAAGGGCAUUGAGAACAAAAGAAUCCUUGCAAAAAAACUUUCUCCUGACAGAGCUGUGACUUUAAAAUGGAGCUGAAGUUUAAUGUAAAUUAGUCGGCGACCAAACAGAUCUCAUUUUACUCCCUGAUGGAAGAUUAGCCGAUUUGGGAUAUACCCUUGUGGACGCUCAAUUGCUGUGUGUUGACUCGAACACAAACUUAGUAGAAGUAAUAGAAGCAUCAUUGUGGACAGAGGCUGGAUAUUGAUUGAUGUUGGCUGGUUGCUUUUUUAUUUUUUAUUUAAACAUUCCUGGCAUUUAAACAAGAAAGAAGAUAAUUUACAAUGUCGGUUGAGAAGAGACUAAAAAGUUUGGAGGACAUGGUUCUAAGAGGUCCUCAGCGAACUGAUGGAGGCAGCCUUAGUGUGGAAACUCUUCUAGAUGUUCUUGUCUGCCUGUGUCAGGAAUGUAACACAGCACCUCUUCGGCGGGACAAGAACGUGACAGAAUUCCUGGCCUGGGCUGAGCCUUUUGCCACAAAAGUCAAACAGAUGAGACUGAAAAGAGAAGACUUUGAAAUUGUGAAGGUUAUUGGUAGAGGAGCUUUUGGGGAGGUAGCUGUUGUAAAAAUGAAAGGCAGUGGUAAAAUCUUUGCCAUGAAAAUCUUACACAAGUGGGAGAUGUUAAAGAGAGCUGAGACAGCCUGUUUUCGAGAAGAAAGAGAUGUAUUAGUAAAAGGAGAUAAUCAAUGGAUACCUAGUCUGCAUUAUGCAUUUCACGAUGAGAACUACCUGUAUCUAGUGAUGGAUUAUUAUGUUGGAGGAGACCUCUUGACUUUGCUAAGUAAAUUUGAAGACCGUUUGCCAGAGGACAUGGCUCGAUUUUACUUGGCUGAAAUGGUUUUGGCCAUUGACUCUAUACAUCAACUAAGAUUUGUCCACAGAGACAUAAAACCAGAUAAUGUUCUUAUUGAUCUGAAAGGCCACAUAAGGCUUGCUGAUUUUGGAUCGUGCUUGAAGAUGCGACCUGAUGGCAUGGUGGAAUCGUCUGUAGCUGUUGGCACCCCGGAUUACAUUUCUCCAGAAAUACUCCAGGCAAUGGAAGAUGGCAAGGGGAGAUAUGGAACAGAGUGUGACUGGUGGUCCCUUGGCGUCUCCAUGUAUGAACUUCUUUUUGGGGAAACCCCUUUCUAUGCAGAGUCCCUUGUAGAAACUUAUGGAAAGAUCAUGAACCAUGAAGAACAUUUGCAGUUCCCAUCUGAUAUUACCGAUGUAUCUGACCAUGCCAAAGAUCUCAUCGGCUGCCUCAUCUGCAGGCAAGAAGACCGUCUUGGGAAAGGAGGCGUUAACGAUUUUAAGAAACAUCCCUUCUUCAGUGGAGUAGACUGGGAUAAUAUCAGGAAUGCUGUUCCCCCUUACAUCCCAGAAGUGGAUAGCCCAGCAGACACUUCAAACUUUGAUGUGGAUGAUGAGUCCUUGAAAAAUUCGGCAACAUUACCGCCAAACAAUCUCAAUGGAUUUGCUGCACACCUUCUACCUUUUGUUGGAUUUACGUUUACCUCAGACUGUUCCUUGUCUGAUAGAGGUUCCCUGAUAAAUUGUCUGGUCAACAAUGGCAUGGAAGCAAAGCUUGGACAUGGGAAAGAACAGCAACCAGAUUCCUUGCAGAAGCCUCUGAUUUCCAGUUCUGAAAUCCCAGCCAAGGACUAUGAAAUCAGGAGCCUUAAGACAGAGAUGGAAAUCCUACAGAAGAAACUAGCAGAACGGGACACAGAGCAGGAUGUCACAUCAGGAGCCCAAAUACAAUCCCUACAGAAACAGAUCACGUCCCUCAAACAAGAGAAAGAUGCAUGUACCAAAGAACUGUCUGAGGCACUGGAAAAGUUCAAGUUGCAGAGUGAGGAUCUGAGACUGGCGCUGAAGAAGCAAAGAGAGGUGCAAGAAGAGCUGCGUGAUAUAGAAGGAAAGUGUGAAGGGAUAAGUGCACAGUCUGGACGCCUAUCACGCAGAUUAAAGGACAAGGAGGAAGAGGUGGAGGCAGCAACAGAGAGAGUGAGGAUCCUGCGGAGAGAUCUCCAUAAAGCAGAAGCAAGUAGAAGGGAGACUGAAUCAAAAAUUGAAGAUCUGAAGGUAGAACUGGAAAGACAGAGGAAGUUAAGAGAGAGAAGUGAGGCACUGGCAGCACAGGCUGUAGAGGAUCUGGAGAAGCUAAAGUCCCAGCAAAGUGUGACCUCUCCUUUGGUCAGGGGCUCAUUUCAUGCAUCUGAGAUGAUUGAGUUGAGGAUGGAACUUGAGAUAAAGAUCCAACAGCUGGAGGAGGAGCUUUCACAUUUGAGGGAAGAGCUUGCGCAACGUGAAGCAGAGCACGCGGGUGAGACAAAAUUGCUCCGAAGGGAGCUUGGAGAAAGAGAGGCUGAGCUUAUAUCAUUGAAACAUGAGAUAGAAGGCAUGCAAGACAGCCUUGGGAAAAGAAGAACUGACAGUGCUCGGGCACAGGAGGAGGAGCUUGAGCAGGUAUUAAAGACCAACGAACGAGAGAAACAUCUGCUGAAGGAAGAAAUAAAGACACUUAAGGAAGAUCUGGAGAAGAUGCAUUUAGGAUCAGAAAAGUUGACUAUUGCAAACAAGCGUUUGGAAGAUGAGGUCCACUUAUUGGAAGACAAGAUGGAAUCAUUAGCCAAUUGGGAGGCUCAAAUUACAGAUAUACUACAGUGGGUGAACGAUGAGAAGCAGUCUCGGUUUUACCUCCAGGCUUUGUCGGUUAAGAUGACAGAAGAGCUAGAAACCUUGAAGAAUUCAGGAAACCAAACGCCAUCCAACAAGACUGGGGAAAACCAGUGGAAAGCCCGCAGGCUACAGAAACUUGAGGCCUCAGCCAGACUUGAGCUUCAGUCUGCUUUGGAGGCAGAGAUCCGAGCCAAACAAAGCAUCCAGGAAGAACUAAAUCAACUUAAAUCUGAUUUUGAGAGAAAGCUCCAGGAGGCAGAUGAACAAAAUCAGACAUUACGCACUGAGCUGGAUAAAUUACGAGAGGAAACAAAGUCAAAGGUGACAUCAGAAACGAAGUCACAGAGGUCUCUAAUUCCUUUCCUGUCCUUCCGCUCUGAGAAAGAUUUGGUUAGUCAAGAAAUUUCCGACCAGACACAGAGCAAUGUAAUCAUGAGACGUGAUGACGGAACAGAUUCUAUCAAAAAUAAAGCAAAUCGGAGAUCGGCUGGAAUUAUAGAAUAUGCAGAACAGGCGACUAAUAAGCCCAAACCGCAUACAUUCAAAGUAAAAACAUUUACAUCUCCAACUAAGUGUCUGCGAUGUACUUCUGUUAUGGUUGGACUGGUACGCCAAGGAGUCUGCUGUGAAGUGUGUGGGUACAUGUGCCAUGUGACCUGCUCUGAAGGUGUCACACUAUGCCCAUCACCUCCUAGUCAAAUAAAGAGGAUCCUUGGCAUUGACCCAGUUACUGGCAGUGGCACCGCCCUGGAAGGAUACUUAUCGAUACCCAAGCCUGCUGGAGUCAAGAAGGGGUGGCAACGAACCUAUGUCAUUCUAAGUGAUUUCAAGAUCCUUAUAUAUGAUGCCAGUUCUCAGAGUAGCACAACUAUUAUACAGGCUAUAGAUAUGAGGGAUGAGAAUUUCUCUGUUACUUCUGUCUUAGAAUCUGAUGUCAUCCACGCUAAUCCUGAAGACAUUCCAUGUAUAUUCCGGGUGGCAUUUUCUCAACUUUGGUCUCCACUCACCAUGUCCUCACAGCUGCUGCUGGCAGACAAUGCAGAUGAAAUGCAGAAGUGGGUCCAAGUGCUGAAUGAGCUUCAGAUACUCCUGCGGGACCAGAGACCUCAGGACCGAUCGGUCCGUGUGUUAAAGGAGGCAUAUGAUAGUGCCCUUCCUCUUAUACGCACAGUCCUCUGUGCGGCAAUCAUAGAUCAGGAAAGAAUUUCCCUGGGGACAGAGGAAGGACUUUUUCUGCUUCAUGUCAAUAAAAAUGAAAUCACCCAACUGGGAGAAUGUAAGAGAGUGUUGUCCAUGCGUUCUGUGCCAGAAGCUCAGCAGCUUGUUGUCCUUUGUGGUAAAAGCCACAGUAUCCGUCUUUUCUCCUGGGAUAUCCUUCUCUUACCAGACUCUGCAGGUUUGAAAGUUCCUGAGGCCAGGGGUUGCCAGGCUCUUACGUCUGGCUUGGUGUGUCAAGGAUCUUGUGCCAUACUAUGCUCUGCUUCCAAACGGCAAGUCAUCUGCUUCCAGCUAACCAACCGAAAGGGCCUUCCUCGCCGUAUGAAAGAGUUCCAAGCUCCUGGAGUGGUGCAGUGCAUGGACAUCUUGGGGGAACGUCUCUGUGUUGGUUACACUGGGGGUUUUUCCCUCUACCCACUUCUCAAUGAAGGAGCUCCACUACAUCUGCCCAUUCCUGACGAACUCAAGCUGACCUUCCUGAUACAGGCACUGCCUGAUGCGCUCUGUGCGGCGAGAGUGACUCUCAGUGAAUACCUUCUAUGUUUUUCUGUUUUUGGCGUUUUUGUGGAUGCUCAAGGAAAGAAAUCACGACAACAGGAGAUUAUGUGGCCUGCACCUCCUCUGGGCAUUUCAUACACAGCUCCUCAUCUCACAGUUUUCAGCGAGAAUGCAGUGGACAUUUUUGAUGUACGGAAGAGUGAGUGGAUACAGACUGUACCUCUGAAAAAGGUUCGCCCUCUGAAUUAUGAAGGGUCCCUUUGUGUUUUCGGGAGUGAAAAAAUGCGCUUAGUGUACCUGCGUAAUAAACUUGAUGAUCAUGAUGAGUUUGAUGUGCCAGAAACAUCAGAUAACAGCAGAAGACAGAUGCUGAAGACUAAAAGCAAGAGACAUUUCUCCUUCCGAAUCUCUGAUGAAGAGCGUCAGCAGCAGAGGAGGGUAAUGAUGAAAAACCCACAGAUGAGGUCAAAGUUGAUUUCAAACCCCAAAAAUUUUAACCAUUUAGUUCAUGUGGGACCUGGAGAUGGAAAACAUCAACUGAAAGACUUGCCGGCAGCUCAAGAGGAGAAGAGGAGAAAUAGUGGGCAAGAAAUGGCUUCACCAGGAAGACCCCUAUCAUCCAGUAGUGACCAAGCAAAGAGAAGUUCCUGCAGUUCUCAGUCAGAGGAGUCACUAUAUUCUCAUCAGACAUUGAUCCCCGCAUCAGACAUGCUAAGUGAAAUUUCUGAUCACACCGGUUUCCUAAACCUUUCCAACCCUUCCUCAUAAAACAAGACGGCAGAAUUGAUGUCCUCUCACUCCAGCCAUUAUGAUUUCAAAGGGGGCAAGAGAUCUUAUACGAAGUUGACAGCCAAUCAUUGCCACGCAAUCAUUUGCAUGGGAAAACGUCAAGAUGUGAUGUGAUAUUCUGACAUUCUAUGGCUCCAGAAAAUUCACAAGACAUUUUAUGAACAUAUGGUGUCUAACUUUCCAUCGACUUGCAUUUAAACAGGCACCAUUAACUAGCUAUUUUAAUAGUGACCUAAUCGCCUCCUUUUAUCCUUCCUUAGCAUGUUAGCAAGCAGCUCACUCGGAGGGCAUUACAGACUGUCUGAUCAUGGAAAGGAUGAUUGAUUUACACUGACUAUCCAGUGUUUUGGUUUACAGUAUGUAUGUUUUUAAAGUUAUUAUAUUUGCAAUAUCUAACAUUUUAGUAAAUAUGGACCACAGACACUAACAUUUGUAUUUCCUUCCCCUAGUAAGAUAUCUUACAAACAGCAGUUACAUAAAAGAAAAAAAUACGCCUUAACAUUUUUACUGGGGAAAGAUCUCGUUUGAACUAUAACUGUGUAAUAAUUUUGUACCUUAAGCCGCAAGCCAAUGUGUGUGUUUUAACUUCCAAAUACAAGAAACUAUUUGUGGUUUGGAAAAUUAUUUUAUUCCUUUGCUGUUAAUGUACAGCAUCUUAUAACAUUAAAAAAUAUACAGCAUAAA